GAUAUGGUUAAGGUUAAUCCAAUUGUUGUAGUAUUGCUAAUUGCAAUUGGUGCAAAUGAAAUAUCUUCGAGUGAGUUAAUUAUGAAGAGUAUAACGUCAAGUUUUUUGAAGGUGUUGGAUGAAUGUAAACGUGAGCUCAAUUUUGGUGACAACGUGCUAUCCGAUUUGUACCACUUCUGGAAGGUGGAUCACGCUUUGCUUAACAGAGAUACCGGCUGUGCUAUCGCCUGUAUGAGCAAAAAGCUCAACCUUCUGGAUACUAGUGGAAAACUUCACCAUGGAAAUGCUGAGGAAUUUGCUGUAAGCCACGGAGCCGCAAACGAAAUGGCGUCCAAGCUCGUGACCACGGUGCACGAGUGUGAACAGCAGCACACCGCAGUGGACGACUCCUGUCUGCGCGCCCUCGAGAUAGCCAAGUGCUUUCGAAACGCCAUGCACGAACUGAACUGGGUACCCAAGAUGGACGUUAUGAUUACUGAAGUACUCACUGAGAUAUGAUACCUAGCUACGUUACUCUGUUCGCUUGUACUGCAUAUCUUAUAUGCGGGCGGCAGUUGCUACGUGAAAGAAGAAUAAAGAAACGAACUCACUUGUUAAUAUACACAUUUUUGCUAAA